AUGGCGACCUCGCAGUGCUUUCGCGCGCUGGUGCGUCACGCGAUCGGCGCGAGCGCCGCGGGGCGACCUGUCGCAUCGCGGGCUACGCGCCCGGUGUCGAGCGGGGGCACCCUUCGUUACCACGACCGAGGGUUUCAUCGGAUAAAUCCUCAACAACCUCGGCGGCACCACCCGUGGAGCCGCGGCGCGCGACACCUGGCAACGUCCGCCGCAGGAUACGAGGAGCGCAUCACGAGCACCGACAACGCGACGGUGAAGCACUUCGCCAAGCUCGUGCGCAACCGCGGCUACCGCGAGGAGUGCGGCUCCAUCGUCGUCGCCGGCUCGGGCAUCCUCUCGGAGGUUUGCGGGGGAGGCGGGGGCGACGCGGUCGGAAGCGCCCGGGUGCUCUUCCUCGCGGACGACGCGUGCGUGCCGGCCGGCGUCACCGCGAGUAGAAUCGUCCGCGCCCCCGAGCACGUCCUCAAGAAGGCUGCCGGGCUCCAGUCGGUGGACAGGGUGGACGCGGUGGCUGAGCUGUCCAUGCCGCCCGUCGUCGGCGUCGCCGCGCUCGAGGGAGCGGGUCGAAUCACGAGGCUGCUCGCGCUCGACGGGAUCCAGGACCCGGGAAACCUCGGCACGCUGGUGCGCACGGCGCUCGCGCUGGGAUGGGACGCGGUGGCGCUGCUGCCGGGGACGUGCGAUCCGUACAACGACAAGGCACUUAGGGCCGCACGUGGGGGCGUUUUCAGGAUGCCGAUGGCCCGUUUGACGUGGGAGGAGCUGGAGGAGGUCACCCGGCGCGACGGGCUUCAGAGGUUUUGCGCCGAGCCCACGGCUGACGCGACGGCGGCUGACACGGCGGCGACCGGGUCGAAGGGUCUCUGCCUAGUCCUAGGGAGCGAAGGGCAGGGCCUGUCGGACGUCGCGCUUCGCACGUGCGAGCCCGUCGCGAUUCCCAUGCCGGGGGAGAUGGAGAGUCUCAACGUGGCCGUCGCGGGCGGGAUCCUUUUAUACUUGAUGCGACGCGGGUCGUGACGUUAUCUGCCAUGUGAGUACAUCAUAUCAUAGCUAACUUUCGCAAUCGUGAUGGGAGCUGAAUUCCCUUACGCAGCUUGGGUGGCUGGCCUCAUGAUCCAGGCGCCUUCGCCCUUACCUGGGACCGAACCCAGCUGCUGUUCGAAGAACGGGGGCAGGACGCCUCCAGCGUUGGCGAUGUCCUUAAACAUGCCGAAAGUGGGGUCGAAGAUCGUGUCAAACUUUGCCUUCGAGUUGUAAUCCUUGAAGACGUGGAUGACCAUGGGCAUGACGACGUCGGCCUUCUUCCAAGAGCUGUCAUCCGUCAUGUUGCCGGCGUACGAUUUGACGAUGCCAAAGUCUUUGAGGAACUCGUCAGACUGGGACUCUCCGAAGAGCUUGAGCCACUCCUCGAAGUCGGGGACGCCGUGGGCAUAGAUUCCAAGCACCUUACCCUCCUCGUCGCCUCCUUCGGGGUUGACGAUCAGCCUGACGUCGAGGGUGUUCGAAGUGGGCUCGGUCGUGAUAACCGGGUUGGAUGCGAACAUUUUCCCGAAUUCCCCGUCCGGGCUGAACAAGGCUUUCACUGCCUCCAUAUUCUCCCUGGACUCGUACAUGUGGACGGCGCUCAGGGUACUGAUUUUGCCAGCAGCGCCGAAAAUGAACUUUUUGACAAGAGGAACGUGGGGAGGGGGAGUUUCCUCGGAGAGCAUUCCGUCGACCAUUUCGGACCAUUCGCCGAGGCCGGAAACGCCAUGUUCGAAGCACUCGAUG